AUGACGUCGAUUAUAAAGCUGACGGCGGUGUCCGGGGUCCAGGAGGAGUCCGCGCUCUGCUACCUCCUUCAGGUGGACGAGUUCCGCUUCCUCUUGGACUGUGGAUGGGACGAGAACUUUUCCAUGGACAUUAUUGAUGCCAUGAAACGGUAUGUUCACCAGGUGGACGCAGUGCUGCUCUCUCACCCAGACCCUGUUCACCUCGGAGCCCUGCCCUACGCCGUGGGAAAACUGGGCCUGAACUGCACCAUAUACGCCACUAUCCCAGUCUACAAGAUGGGCCAGAUGUUCAUGUACGACUUAUAUCAGUCUCGGAACAACAACGAGGACUUCACGUUGUUCACUCUGGACGACGUCGACAGUGCCUUCGAUAAGAUCCAACAGCUCAAAUACUCCCAGAUCGUCAACCUCAAAGGUAAAGGACACGGUCUCUCCAUCACGCCGCUUCCCGCUGGUCACAUGAUCGGAGGCACUAUUUGGAAAAUCGUGAAGGACGGAGAAGAGGAGAUCGUCUACGCCGUGGACUUCAACCAUAAACGAGAAAUCCACCUGAACGGCUGCACUCUGGAGAGCAUCAGUCGACCCUCGCUGCUCAUCACCGACUCCUUCAACGCGACGUACGUUCAGCCGCGACGCAAACAGAGAGACGAGCAGCUCCUCACGAACGUGAUGGAGACGCUGCGGGGCGACGGGAACGUGCUGCUGGCCGUGGACACCGCGGGCCGAGUCCUGGAACUGGCUCAGCUCCUGGACCAGAUCUGGAGGACCAAAGACGCAGGUCUCGGGGUCUACCCUCUGGCUCUGCUCAACAACGUCAGCUACAACGUGGUGGAGUUCUCAAAGUCUCAGGUGGAGUGGAUGAGCGACAAACUGAUGCGCUGCUUCGAGGACAAGCGGAACAACCCUUUCCAGUUCCGGCACCUGACUCUGUGCCACAGCCUGUCGGACCUGGCCCGAGUGCCCAGUCCCAAAGUGGUCCUGUGCAGCCAGCCCGACCUGGAGUCCGGAUUCUCCCGCGAACUCUUCAUCCAGUGGUGCCAGAACCCGCGCAACUCCAUCAUCCUCACGUACCGCACCACGCCCGGAACGCUGGCCCGCUACCUCAUCGACCACCCCGACGAGAAGAUGCUGGACCUCGAGGUGAAGAAACGGGUGAAGCUUGAAGGGCGAGAGCUCGACGAGUUUCUGGAAAAGGAGAAAAUCAAAAAGGAAGCAGAGCGAAAACUAGAGCAAGAGAAAGAAGUGGACAUGGACUCGAGCGAGGAGAGCGACAUGGAGGACGACCUGGAGCAGCCGGUGGCGGUGAAGACCAAACACCACGACCUGAUGAUGAAGAGCGAGGGCAGCCGCAAGGGCAGCUUCUUCAAACAGGCCAAGAAGUCCUACCCCAUGUUCCCCACCCACGAGGACCGCAUCAAGUGGGACGAGUACGGCGAGAUCAUCAGACUGGAGGACUUCCUGGUCCCGGAGCUGCAGACCACUGAGGAGGAGAAGAGCAAACUGGACACGGGUCUGACCAACGGCAAGAAGGAACCCAUGGACCAGGACCUGUCUGUGGUCCCCACCAAGUGUGUGUCCAGCAUGGAGAACCUGGAGAUCAGGGCGCGUGUGUCCUACAUAGACUAUGAAGGCCGCUCCGAUGGCGACUCCAUGAAGAAGAUCAUAAACCAGAUGAAGCCGCGGCAGCUGGUGAUCGUGCGCGGGUCUCCUGAGGCCAGUCUGGACCUGGCCCAGUCCUGCAGGGCCUUCAGCAAAGACCUCAAAGUCUACACACCCAAGCUGCAGGAGACCAUCGACGCCACCAGCGAGACGCACAUCUACCAGGUGCGUCUCAAAGACUCUCUGGUGAGCUCGCUGCUCUUCUGUCGGGCCAAAGACACGGAGCUGGCCUGGAUCGACGGCGUCCUGGACAUGCGUGUGGUGAAGGUGGACACAGGCGUGUUGGCAGAGGAGGGGGCCGGGGACGAGGCCCCCGAGGACACGGAGCCCAUGGAGACCGGCACGGGCGUUGGCACGGGCGUCGUCACGGGCGUCGUCACGGGCGUCGUCACGGGCGCCGUCACGGGCGCCGUCACGGGCGCCGUCACGGGCGCCGUCACGGGCGCCGUCACGGGCGCCGUCACGAGCGCCGACCCAAGCGCCACUGGCACCGCCGAGCUGGAGGUGGACCUGAACGCCACGGCGACCGCCGCUCAGCGAGCCAUAAAGAUGAACCUGUUUGGAGAAGAAGAGAAAGACUUCUCUGAGGAGAGCGACGUCAUCCCCACGCUGGAGCCUCUGCCGCCACAGGAGAUCCCGGGACAUGAGUCCGUGUUCAUCAACGAGCCGCGCCUCUCAGACUUCAAACAGGUUCUGCUGAAGGAGGGCGUCCAGGCCGAGUUUGUGGGCGGAGUCCUGGUCUGCAACAACAUGGUGGCCGUCCGCAGGGCGUUGAUGAACGUGAAUGAUCGUCUGAGGAGGCUGUAUCCAGAGGAAGAGGAGCUGUUCGACAUCGUCCUCAUGACCAACAACCACGCACAGGUCGGAGUGCGCCUCAUCAACUCCAUCAACCACUACGACUUGAGCAUCGAGAGGUUCUGUAUGACCGGAGGGAAGAGCCCCAUCGGGUAUCUGAAAGCCUACAUGACCAACCUGUACCUGUCCAAGGACGCAGAGAAGGUUACAGAGGCCAUCGAAGAAGGCAUCGCCGCGGCCACCAUGUUCAUGCCCGAGGCCCACAUGCAGUCGCAGCUCAGCGACCUGCAGCUCAGGGUGGCCUUCGACGGAGACGCCGUGCUCUUCUCCGACGAGUCCGAGAUCAUCGUCAAGCAGCAGGGACUGGACCAGUUCUUUGAGCACGAGAAGACCCACGAGAACCUGCCCCUGGCCCAGGUAAGGACUGAGGAGAACCUGCCCCUGGCCCAGGUAAGGACUGAGGAGAACCUGCCUCUGGCCCAGGUAAGGACUGAGGAGAACCUGCCCCUGGCCCAGGUAAGGACUGAGGAGAACCUGCCCCUGGCCCAGGUAAGGACUGAGGAGAACCUGCCUCUGGCCCAGGUAAGGACUGAGGAGAACCUGCCCCUGGCCCAGGUAAGGACUGAGGAGAACCUGCCUCUAGCCCAGGUAAGGACUGAGGAGAACCUGCCUCUGGCCCAGGUAAGGACUGAGGAGAACCUGCCUCUGGCCCAGGUAAGGACUGAGGAGAACCUGCCUCUAGCCCAGGUAAGGACUGAGGAGAACCUGCCCCUGGCCCAGGUAAGGACUGAGGAGAACCUGCCUCUGGCCCAGGUAAGGACUGAGGAGAACCUGCCCCUGGCCCAGGUAAGGACUGAGGAGAACCUGCCUCUAGCCCAGGUAAGGACUGAGGAGAACCUGCCCCUGGCCCAGGUAAGGACUGAGGAGAACCUGCCCCUGGCCCAGGUAAGGACUGAGGAGAACCUGCCCCUGGCCCAGGUAAGGACUGAGGAGAACCUGCCCCUGGCCCAGGUAAGGACUGAGGAGAACCUGUCUCUGGCCCAGGGGCCUCUCACCUCUAACCUCUCUGCUCCCAGGGGCCUCUAA